UCGUCCCCCCCCCCCCACCCGUGCACUCGUAGGACGCCCCAGAAAGACCGGAGUCGUCGAGCGACGAACCGUCCGCCUUUCCUUGCCCUUUCCAUGGCCGCGACGAUCUCCACCACCGCCGUAGCCGCCGCCUCCCGCCAACUCUCCUCCGCCCACCUCCCUUCUCCCAAACCCUCCCUCUCCCUUUCCGUCAAAACCCUCCCAAAACCCCAUCUUUCUCUCCACCUGCGCCUCCGCUCCUCCUCCCCCCACCGCCGCCUCCUCUCCAGCGCCGUGGUCCCCGGCGCUGAGCCGUUCCCAACGUCGCCGGACGACGAGGACGGCUUCCCACUGUUCGACGAUAAGCCCCGGGAGGAGUGCGGCGUGGUGGGGAUCAUCGGCGACCCGGAGGCCUCCCGGCUUUGCUCCCUAGCUCUCCACGCUCUCCAGCACCGCGGCCAGGAGGGCGCCGGCAUCGUCGCCUCCGACUCCACCACCCUCCGCGCCAUCACCGGCCUCGGCCUCGUCUCGGAGGUCUUCUCCCCGGCCAAGCUCGACUCCCUCCCUGGUUCCGGAGCCAUCGGCCACGUUCGCUACUCUACCUCCGGGUCCGCCUCCUCCCCUCUCAACGUCCAGCCCUUCCUCGCCGGCUACCGAUUCGGCCAGCUCGCUGUCGCGCACAACGGCAACCUCGUCAACUACCCAGCCCUCCGCGCCGACCUUGAGGCCCGUGGCUCCAUCUUCAACACCUCCUCCGACACCGAGGUCCUCCUCCACCUCAUCGCCACCUCCACCACCCGCCCCCUCCUCUCCCGCCUCGUCGAGGCCUGCCGCGCCAUCGAAGGCGCCUACUCCCUCGUCUUCCUCACCGCCGGCAAGCUCUUCGCCGUCCGCGACCCCCACGGCUUCCGCCCCCUCGUCAUGGGCCGCCUCCGCCGGCCCUCCCGCGCCAUCGUCUUCGCUUCCGAGACCUGCGCCCUAGACCUCAUCGGCGCCGAUUACGAGCGCGAGGUCGAGCCCGGCGAGGUGCUUGUCGUCGACGGCAAGGACCUCUCCGUCACCUCGCUCUGCCUCCUGCCCAAGAAGCCCCGCAAAGCUUGCAUCUUUGAGCACAUCUACUUCUCCCUCCCCAACUCUGUCGUCUUCGGCCGCCCCGUCCACGCCUCCCGCUACUCCUUCGGCGCCGCCCUCGCCGAGGACUCCCCUGUCCCCGGCGCCGACGUUGUCAUCCCCGUCCCGGACUCCGGCUUCUUCGCCGCCCUCGGCUUUGCCGAGCGCUCCGGCAUCCCCUUCCAGCAGGGCCUCAUCCGCUCUCACUACGUAGGCCGCACCUUCAUCCAGCCCACCCAGGAGUUCCGCGACCUCGGCGUCAAGCUCAAGCUCGCCCCUGUUCGUGGAAUUCUCGAGGGGAAGAGCGUCGUCGUCGUCGACGACUCCAUUGUCCGCGGCACCACCUCCUCCAAGAUCGUCCAGCUUAUCAGGGAUGCCGGUGCUCGUGAGGUCCACAUGAGGAUUUCCAGCCCGCCCAUUGUAAGCUCCUGCUACUAUGGGGUCGACACGCCAAGGGCCGAGGAGCUCAUCUCCAAUAGGAUGGAUGUGGAGGGGGUGAGGAAAACGAUCGGCUGUGAUUCACUCGCCUUCCUCUCGCUCGAUAGCCUCAGGAAGCUGCUUGGGGAUGAGGCACCCACAUUCUGUGAUGCGUGCUUCUCCCGCAACUAUCCUGUGCCGCCGAGGGAGCACAAUGUCGUGAAGGUAAUGGAAGAGUGUGCUUAACUGCGUCCUCUAUUCCGAUGAUGGCGCUGAUUUAUACGAAUUCUUGUCUUGAUACAGAAGGAAUCAAAAGAAGAAAUUUUGUUUUCUGCUUUGGUCAUUCUGCUUUUUAGCUUUUCACUGAGCUAUUUUUUUAACUUAAUUAUUGUCAUUACAUUUUCUUGAUUUUAGAUUAAAAGAAUAUAAUUUGUCCGCC